UACAUUCUUGGGAGCAGCAACGACUGGCACCUUAGCUUUUGAGUGCAUGACUAACAAAAGAAGAAAGUCUGGUUAGCGUGGAGUGGGGCUGGUGGCGAGCGAGGUGAAUGUGCUGUUUUGAAACAAAAGGGCAGUAAAGCGCUUCCUCUCUCUGCGAACGAGCCCGUCCUGCGGGCUGGGCAGCCGCCUCUGGACUGUCCGGAGAGAACAUGGCGGCCCCCGGAGUCCGGAGCUACAGCCUCUCGGGCCUGCUGCCGGCUCAGACCUCGCUGGAGUACGCCCUGCUCGACGCCGUCACCCAGGAGGAGAAGGACAGCCUGGUCUACCAGUAUCUGCAGAAGGUGGACGGCUGGGAGCAGGACUUGUCAGUGCCCGAGUUUCCCGAAGGAUUAGAAUGGCUGAACACAGAAGAGCCUAUUUCUGUCUACAAGGAUCUGUGUGGAAAAGUGGUCGUCCUUGAUUUCUUUACCUACUGCUGCAUAAACUGUAUUCACCUAUUGCCUGAUCUUCAUGCAUUAGAACAGACGUACUCUGAUAAAGAUGGUCUUCUGAUUGUUGGUGUUCACUCUGCUAAGUUUCCAAAUGAAAAAGUCAUGGAGAACAUUAAGAGUGCUGUUUUCCGCUACAACAUCACCCAUCCUGUGGUUAAUGAUGCAGAUGCCAGCCUUUGGCAAGAACUAGAAGUUUCCUGCUGGCCAACUCUAGUCAUACUUGGACCUCGUGGAAACAUGUUGUUUUCUUUGAUUGGAGAGGGACACAAAGAUAAAUUAUUUUUAUAUACUUCAAUAGCUUUGAAGUAUUACAAAGGCAGAGGACAGAUCAGAGAUAAUAAAAUUGGAAUAAAACUCUAUAAAGAUUCUUUGCCACCUUCACCAUUACUAUUUCCUGGCAAAGUAACAGUAGACCAUAUUUUUAAUAGAUUGGUAAUAGCAGACACUGGACAUCAUAGAAUUUUGGUCGUUGGGAAGAAUGGACAAAUUCAAUACAGUAUUGGAGGACCCAACCCUGGAAAGAAAGAUGGAAUAUUUUCAGAGUCAACUUUUAAUUCACCACAGGGUGUAGCCAUAAAGAAUAAUACCAUAUAUGUGGCAGAUACUGAAAAUCACCUUAUAAGAAAGAUCGACCUGGAAGCCGAGAUGGUGAGCACUGUAGCUGGCAUUGGAAUUCAAGGUGCAGAUAAAGAAGGUGGAGCUAAAGGAGAACAUCAGCCCAUUAGUUCUCCUUGGGAUGUAGUUUUUGGAACAUCAGGUUCAGAGGUCCAAAGAGAUGACAUCCUGUGGAUAGCCAUGGCAGGGACUCAUCAGAUAUGGGCACUCCUGUUGGACUGUGGCAGACUACCAAAGAAAAAUGAGUUAAAAAAAGGAACCUGCCUUCGGUUUGCUGGAAGUGGAAAUGAAGAGAAUCGCAAUAAUGCAUAUCCUCACAAGGCAGGUUUUGCCCAACCUUCGGGUCUGACUCUGGCCUCCGAGGAACCCUGGAACUGCCUGUUUGUAGCAGACAGUGAGAGCAGCACAGUGAGAACCGUCUCGCUGAAAGACGGAGCAGUGAAGCACCUUGUAGGAGGAGAACGGGACCCCACGAAUUUAUUUGCUUUUGGUGAUGUUGAUGGAGUGGGAAUCAAUGCAAAGCUUCAGCACCCACUUGGAGUAACUUGGGACAGAAAGAGGAAUUUACUUUACGUGGCAGACUCUUACAAUCACAAGAUUAAAGUUGUGGAUCCAAAAACAAAAAACUGUACAACAUUAGCAGGAACUGGAGAUUCAGGAAAUGUUACCAGUUGCAGUUUUACCGAAUCAACUUUUAAUGAACCAGGAGGCUUGUGCAUUGGAGAGAAUGGUCAGUUAUUAUAUGUGGCGGACACCAAUAAUCACCAAAUUAAAGUGAUGGAUUUAGAAACAAAAAUGAUUUCUGUGCUCCCAGUCUUCAGAUCUGAAAAUGCUGUGGUAGAUGGCCCAUUCCCAGUAGAAAAACGGAAGACAUUACCCAGACUACCUAAAUCUGCUCAAGGCAUCACACUUUCUCCAGUAGCUGCAUCUCCAGGCCAGACCCUUCAGUUCAAGCUAAGACUAGACCUCCCAUCAGGCACAGAGCUAACUGAAGGAGCACCCAGUUGCUGGUUUCUAACAGCUGAAGGCAAUGAAUGGCUUCUUCAGGGACAGACACAGUCUGGAGAAAUAGAAAGCAUUUCCAAUCAACCAACAAUCUCACUGCAGAUUCCUGGAGAUUGCUUAUCACUUGAAGCUGUUAUAUCUAUCAGAGUGUUUCUUUAUUACUGUAGUGCAGACAGCAGUGCUUGUAUGAUGAAGGGAAUUUUGUUCAGUCAGCCUUUACAAAUAACUGAUAUACAAAAAGAUUGCAUAGCUCCAGUAGAGCUCAAGUAUGUAUUUUAGCAAGUUAGUUAGCAACCCAUUCACCACAGCCACCUGUUUUCCAUCCUUGUCAUCACUGUAACUUAGGGAAAGAAGUUUUAUUUCUGCCUCUGGAUACCAAGAACCCAUUGCUCAGCUCUAACAACUGAUACUAAAAUACUGCUAUGCUCCUUAUUUAAUUAUUUAUUAUAAACAAAUUCCUUCAUUCUGGCUGUGUACCAGCUGAGUCACUGACUAUCAUUGGAACCAUGAUUUUAUAAUCUGUGCCUCUGUUUUGCAUAAGAUUUAAGUCUCCACUAUAGUAGAGAAUGUUAUCAUAAGAUAAUUUGCAGUGAACACUGAUAACAAUAAUCAUACCAAAUAUUUUAACUUUUUCUACCUUUAUUAAUAGCAAACAGCACAUUUAAUGUGUAAAUUUCACAAGACAAAAAAAUAGUCUUUACAUCAUAAAAGCUUAAAGAGUGGUAAGCUCUUAAGCUCAUUUACCUGGGUAGUAAAUAUGUUCUCUUCUAUGCUUUUCUUAGUUGAGAUACAUUUAAAGGAGAAUUUUCAUCUAUUUUUAUUAAAAAUUAUUUGCUAUUUUAACAUACCAUUAUUAAUGCCUUAUAACUUUAUACAGGAAAAGUAUGUCUAACGACAUACAUAUUCACUCCUUUUUUGUGAAUGAGCAGUUUAACCAGAUAAUGAAUGAGUCCCCCAGAUAUACUUCCAAGGAGAAAGAGAUUUAGGAACAAAUUACUACCUGUGAUACUUACAAUGAUAAUUUUAACAGCUAAAUCUGAUGUAAGUAGGUGUAUAUUGUCUUAGAAAUUUAUUUUCACUUGUAAGCUUUAGAUUUGUUGGGUUUUGGUUUUUUUGGUUCCCAUAUCCAGAAUUUAAAUUAUGCUCUUUUAUUUAUGUUUUAAAGGUCAUGCUUAAGCCUUCAAAGUGAAAAUUUCAGUGUGAAGCACUUUCAUGCUAUUAAUAUGUAUAGUAUAUCCUAAUAUAUUACUCUGUAAAAUGUUAAGGCUGAAAUGUACAGUGAUUUGAUGACACUGUUUUGGGGGUUUUUUUAACCCCAAAGAAAGAAUCACUAGAAAAUACUGAAAGUUGUUUUUUAUCAUAACUCUUCUUUAUAACUUUUUAAAAGCCUAUUCUUAUUUUUACUAAAACUGAUUCGACAUGUUCAUGAUUUAAUGAGCUUACAAGAUUUUAAAAAUAUCAGGUGCACCAUAUUUAUUUAUCCAGUAAAUAUUUACAGACAAUAUGGCAUAAUAUACUUCCCCUUCUUCAAAAACAGUGCUAAGUUUGAAGUAUAAUCUUUUGUGUACCAUCAUCUGCCCAUUUCUUUACUUUUUGAAAUAUCAUUUUAAACAUUCUCUUCUUUUAUUCAGGUUACCUGAAUCUCUAAGUAAGGAAAUGCAUAGAUCAUGACUUUAAAUUUGUGACCUGCUAAAGCUACUUUUAAAAAAAGUAUAAACAAGUUAAAAGGAAUCCUGUUCCUUUUUUCUCCACAAAAAAAAAUAUGUUGUUCUGUAAAAGGACAUAAAGAGUUAAUAAUUUUUUAUGGAGGACAGGCCAAAGUCAUUUUUUUAAUCUCAUUUGAUCUAUUGUACUUCUCAUUUCCAGUUGGACAUGAGGAGAAUAUUUUGGCUUACUCUUUGCCUGCUUAAGUACAUAAAGAGUUUCACUCUCUAAAAGCAGCAUACAUAGUUUUAACUUGCUAACUUAUCCAAUAAUACACACUGUAUGCAUUUUUUAGUAUUACAUUGAAAAAUUAAUUAUGUAUUUUCAUGUACAUAAAAAUCCAAAAAUAUUUCUUAGAAUCUAUCAGUGUUCUUAUUGUCUAGACAGAGUUUUAGGUUAGUAUUAACUUAUACUUUUCUUGGCUUUCAAAGUACAGUUUCAUAGAACAUUCUUAUUCCUACUAAGCCAUCGGUCUGCAUUGUUUUUUACAUUAAAAAUAUUGUUUAUAUGGAUUAGUGUGAUUUUUUGCAAAUCAUACUAAAGCAACAUAAAUGGGUUCCUAGAAUUUAUGACUAACACAAACCUCUUAUGUAAGAAGCACUAGAAAGUUGAUUUUUAAAAACUUCUUGAUCCAUGUUAGCCUUCUGUUUUAUAUAAGAGCUUAUAUUUUAACUUCUGCUUUCCUGACAUAACUUAUUAUGUCCAGUGAUAAUUUAAAAAGAGUAAGAUUUUAGUGUGGGUUACCUUAAAGUGCCAGUAAUGUGGCAUUACACCCACUUUGACAUAAUAUCUGGAAUCUUUGCCCUAAAUUAUUCUGCUCAUUUGUCACUAUUUUUUCCACUACUCUGUGAUAUCACUUCACAAAUGAUAGAAUUUUUUUCAGAAUUUAUACUCAGGAUUGAUAUGCUCCCUGAAAGGAAUUUUGCUCAUCUUAAUAUGCUAUUUCAAGCAAAUAUUUAACUUCUUCACAAGGGAAAACUUUACAGUUUAAUCACCCAUAAGGGUAAUUUUGGCAAAGUUCAAUGACUACAGAACAGUUUUCUCCUUAAGCUCUUAUAUAGUUAGAGCAUUAUUGGGCCUGCAGAAAGCUGUAAGUCUUAACAUAGCCCCUCAAAAAGUUGAAUUUGUGGAUGUAUACAUGUUUGUGUUUUAUAUGUACACAAAAAUCAACUCGAACAUCUCACGUAAAUUCUCCUAUGACCAAUGUACUUUUGAGCUAAUACCACUGACAUAAGUUACUCUCAGCUUGUUUUUCCAUAAUUGAAAAACUGGGGAAGAUAUUGAAUAUACAUAUCUCUAUAAUAUAAUAAUUUUCUGUCUGUACAAAAUAUUACUAUUAGUUUAUAUCUGCCAAUUAAAAAGACUUCAGUCUAACCAUUAUAUGUGACACCAUGUUGAGGAACAAUCACGAAAAACUAAAUUCCAUAGUUAAAUAACAAUUGCAUACAAAUACAUACAGAGUGACUGUCAACAGUGGCUUUCCUGAAUGACAAAAUUAUGGAUGUUUUUAAUUCCUUUUUUUUUUUCAGUGAGCAACUGAAUGUGUGUUUUUAAAGAUCCUAAAUGAAACUGCAUUGUAAGCACUUGUUAUAACUUUACUAAAGUCACCUUUAUUACCAAGAUCAGAACAUAGGUUGGACCUUUUCAUCUUCAGUUCUCUUAAGUACGUGAAUAGAUGGAGACAAAAGUGAUUAUGGCUUGUUUUUCUGGUGUUUUUAUUGUGUAAUGCAGUGUGAUGGUUAAGAGCAUGGACUUCUUGGGCACUUGGAUUCUAACCACGUAAGAUGGGGCUACUAUACCUGUCUUACGGGGUUGAUGUAAGGAUUCAAUGAAAUAGGGUUUGUAAAGCAUUUUGUAAUUAAUGAAACUGCUAACUAUUGGCUUAAUGAAUAAUAAUGACAAAUUAUAACAAAUAAUGACAUAUUUUUUUGCAGCUGCAAUUUCUAAAGAAAGUAUUUCUCUACCAACUGAUUUGUUAGCACUCCAGAGUUGGGAUUCAAAAGAAAUACAGUUUUCUAAUAAAGCAUGUUACCAUUUUAUAAAUCAUAUUAAUGUUAGGAACACACCUGCAGUUUCAUUAAUUUUUUUUAAAGACCUUCGCACCAAUGAGUAAUAAACUUACUUUGAAAGGGUCCAAACAUACCUUAAAUCACAUUGCUGUAACAUAUUCUCAUAGUGCUUUAUAAAAUCUUCAAAGUGCUUUCAUGCAUUUUGUCUCAUUUGGCCUUCAAAGUAACCUAUGAAUGAAUCAGAUAAGUAGAUGUUAUGUCUAUUUUACAAAUGAGAAAACAGCUUUAGAAUGUUGUUGAUGUAUCUCAAGAUCACACAGCUCCCAGAGUAAUGCCUGCUGCUAGAACUUGGGGUUCCUGGGACAAGCAGCUGCUCAGCCAAUUUUGUGAAAUGGCUAAAGGGUGAAUGGUGACUCGUGGAUCUUUUAUUUGAACACAUCUCUUGAUUCCUACCUCUACGAGACGUAGAAUGAAAACAGCUGCAGAAUUAAGAGUACCUAUUUACUUUUGUGAAUGCUUUCUUAAGCCUUUGCAGUAUUUAAAGUAGUAAGAAUAGCUAAAUUUACUGAGUGUUUACUAUGCGACUGACACUAGUUCUAAGUGCUUUAUACAUAUUAAUUCAUUUAAUCCUUACGAUAACCUUAUGAGGGGAGGUACUAUUUUUCCUUAUUUCCUUGAUGAGGAAAACGAGCCAAAGAAGUUAAUGCAGUUCUAUCAACGUAAUCAAGAGAACACAUUUAGUAAGUGGCCAAUCCUGAAUGAAUUCAACCACCAUGCUCUAUUGCUCCUCAAAAUAGUUUCUUUUGAAAACAAAUCUUUCAUAGUUGCAUAUAGUUCUUAACAGAACCCAAGGAGUCCUAGGGAUGAUUGUUUUUAAAAUUUAAAUUAAAUACAUUUAACUAUGCUAGCUUUUUGGACUUCAUUUUACACUCAUCCUUCAGGGCUGUUUGCUUGAAACAGUCUCCAUAAUUAUUGUUUCCCAAAAGAUUUUUAAGUACCUUUUUUCUUAAAGUCAGAAUUAAUCCAGAAUUUUUCUUGGCAGAUAUAUGGAUAAAGGAAUUAAGUAGCUUUUCAGUGUUAGUUCCAACAAUGCUAUUUUAACUGGUCUUCAAAAGGUAAUUACAAGACUGUGUCAUAAAGUAUAACUGAAGUCUUAGGACUACCUCAACCCCAAAAAAGCUUAUUCAUAUUUAAGAAAACUUCAGUAACCAAAAUGAACUCUAGAAAGAUAGUAUUUGGCCAGUCAGUUAACACACACAGUCCUCUACUUACUUCACAAAAAACACUGGAAUGUAGACCCUGCCCCCCAGUGAUUCAAAUAAUUCUAUUAUAGUAGAGUUUUACCAGGUUAACCUAUCUUGCAGCUUGUGGUACUAUUAAAAGGAAUGAAGUAAAAUGCUACAUACCACUGAUUAUGAUUCAUAAUCCACCAAGUACAAGAAUGUAAACAUCUUUUCACUGUUAGUUUUUCCAAUUUAAAUCAAUAUCGAAUUUAAUUUUAUUAUAAAAUCCAUAAGGAAAUGUACAUCAAAUUAAAAGGUACUGAUAAUGUCAUAAAGUAGAAUUCACUGUCACCAAUAUUUCCUCCUUUUCCUCCACUUGCAUAUACAUAGUUUAUUUAAAUGAAGAAUUCACACCAGCCGUGAGUCACUAUUUUGUAUCGAAUAAUUAAAAGUUUGCUUUUAAAAAAAUUUUCCUUGAAAGGGGGUGAUAUAAAGAAUGGUAUUAAGAGUUAGAGGUUUGACUGAUGGCCUAAAUGUACUCCAUGACCAGCAAACCUUGGCCCAUACCAUCUAGACCUGCAGGUUAGACUGGCUGCGUCCAGCUUGCGGGUGGCGGGUCUGACCACAGAGCCUGGGUAAAGGGGAAUGGGGGUUCAGGAGGGGCCUCCUCUGAUUGCAACCCCUCCAUUUCUUAGUGUGCUGGUUUGGUUUAAUUAUUUUCCAAGGUUAGAGAUGGAAAGUGAAAACCCUAGAUACUUGCUGUGGAAUGUUUGCCUAUUAUAGUAAUUAACUGGUUUGGUGUGUCCCUCUUAGCGCUGUCACUCUCAAGUGUACCAAAGGACAGCUUGUUCUGUGAAAGCCCCAUUACUGAAAGGAAAGAAUCACAGGUAUUUUUCCAAGUAUACCUCCCCGCCCAUACCAGCACCCAUACACUAAGCAAGCACAGAGGGGCACGAAGCCAGCACACCCUCGUGGUUUUGUAACGCCUGGCACGGUAUGAAUCCUCUAGGCCUGGUGUGUUUCAGUAGUACAGAGUCAUGCAAAAUGUCAUAUUUCUUUUUUUAAUGUUAAGAACAUGAAACUGAGUUAUGUGGAGAAACAGAAUUUAUUACCUUUUGCUUUCAAUAUACUUGGUUACAUAUUUACAUUUGAGAUUAAGUGAAAUGAGCCUGCAUAAGACUGAGAAAUAGAGGGGAAAAAAACCAAACUUUCAGAUUUAAAUAUGCCCAGUUUAAACAGUAUUUUUGAUUCUUUAUCUACUGUGCUAUACUCAAGAGAAAUAAUAAGUUCAAAGUAUAUAGGGCAAAACAGUUGAUAAAUUAUGGUGAUGAAGAGUAAAAAUAGAUAUAUUCCUUCCUGAAAAUUUAGGACUGCCAUGUAAGUAGCUUCUGUUUUUAGAAUUUGUAGUCAUUAUUCUUAGUCCCACCAGAAGUAUAAUCAUUCUGUGAGCAUGUACAGGAUGGCUACCUGUUUUGUUUUUACACUACUCAAAACUCUAACAAGUUUUUGUUUGUAUAGAGCUGAAAUUUAUUGUUUAUGCAUGCCUGUGAUACCCAUCAUCUGAAUUUACCUGCAAAAAAUACACUCCACUUCCUCUCCACACCCUAGGCUCCUCUCUCUUUAAAAACAAUAGUCAUUUCUGUAGAAGUUUCAGCAAGGAACUAUGGUUACACAAAUAACACAGCAAAAUGAUUUUGUUGUGGUAAGAUUUUUUUUUCUAGAAUACCUAAUAAUAUCUCACUUUUCAAAGGAGAAGAACAAUACCCUCUGUGACUUUAAAAUUAAUUUCUCUCUACUUUGCAAUAUAUACCUUCCUAACUAUAUUUUACAUAGCUUAAUAUUUUUUGAAAGCUUGAAAUACUGUCAGGGUACAUUGUGGGCCAGUUUAGAAAUGUUUUCAUUGCUGUCAUCACUUUACCUGUGGAUUAUGGACAAAUCAGAGUUUGCUGUAUGGUUGAAAUAUAUACAUAAAAUCACUUUCAAAUCAUAAUGUUUCAUAAAUUUGUCAGACACCCAUCUUUUGUGUGGUUAAAGUUGCGGUUUUAUUUCUGAGAAUAGAGUUGGUCUGCUGUGGUGACCUCAUAUCUGUCACCCCAAAGGUUUGAUUAAUUAUUUUUUUCUCCAAAGAUAAAAAUGCAAUGGAAAUCCUACUUACAAGUUGUAGUAUUGAUAUUUCCAUUCAUAAUCUAAUUGUAAAAGAAUUUCCUUGGUCUGCAUUUUUUAACUUUCAUGUAGACAGAUUAAUGUAUUUUUUACAACGUUUUCUACAUUUAUUUCAAGACUACUUUCAGUGACUUUGUCAAGUGCAUGCGUUAACAGAAGAUGGUUUGGAGUGAAAGUGUGCCAUGGCCUGCUGUACCAACUCAGAGGUGUAAUAUAAGUAAUUAUAGAAAGCAGGAACGUGUUAUACUGUACACUGAAACCGAAUGCCUCUUUUCUAAAACUUUGUACAUUUUUUCAUGAAAUAGAUUAAAUAUUUUCUCUCUAAAGCUA